AUGUCUACUGACACUUUCCACGGAUGGGCUUGUCCCGGCAAAGACCAACCUCUUGAAUGGACCGAAUUGCCUUUGAAGGAAUUUGACGACGAAACCGUUGAGAUGAACGUUACUCAUUGCGGUAUCUGUGGAUCAGAUAUUCACACUCUGGAUUCUGGAUGGAGACCUACCGACUACCCCUGCGUUGUUGGCCACGAAAUCACUGGUGUGUGCACACGCGUCGGUAAGAAUGUAAAGCAUAUCAAGGCUGGCGAUCGUAUCGGUGUUGGAGCUCAGUCCGGCUCCUGUCUCGAGUGCGAAUAUUGCAAGAGUGGUAAUGAGAACAUUUGCCAUCGUCAGUUCAUUAGUACCUACAACGGCCGCUGGUAUAACGGCGACAAGACUUUUGGUGGCUACGCAGACAAGUGGAGAGGCCAUGGACGAUUUGUCUUCAAAAUUCCAAAUAAUAUGUCCAACGAGAUUGCUGCUACUUUCUUAUGUGCUGGCGUGACAUCCUACUCUCCUCUCAAGCGUUUUGGAGUCAAACCCGGGGAUAAGGUUGGCAUAAUUGGUAUUGGCGGUCUCGGUCAUUUUGGUGUACAAUGGGCCAAGGCUAUGGGCGCGUCUGUUGUCGCUCUCUCACACUCUGAUCGCAAACGAGCUGAUGCCAAAGAACUUGGUUGCGAUGAUUAUGUUGUUACCAGUGACAAAGAGACAAUGGAUACACACAACUACACCUUCACACAUAUAUUAUCUACUAGCUUUAGUAAUGACUUUGAUUGGCCAAGAUAUAUCAACCUUCUUAAGCCGAAUGGCCAUUUUAUUAUAGUUGGAGUCCCCGAGACGCCAUUGACGAACAUCCCUGCUCUUUUGCUGGCAUAUCGGCAGGCAUCCAUCGUCGGAUCUGCAAUCGGAUCUCCUUCCAUGAUCGAGGAUAUGCUUAAAUUCGCUGCUACUCAUGAUGUUAAGCCUUGGAUUAGCAAAUAUCCUAUGAAGGAUGCAAACGAGGCUGUCAAAGACAUGCGAGAAGGAAAAGCCAGAUAUAGAUUUGUACUGGAAAACUAA